AUGUUCGCUGCUAAAUCGAUUCGUUUUUAUCUGCUCCUGAUCUUUGUGGCUUCACCUCACAUUUCCUCAUCUACUCGAGUGAAUACGACCAUCUCGGAUGGCAAAGUUUUCAUCGCUGGAGACCAUAAUGAAGUAGUUAUGUCUUCCACCCGAGAAACGAAACUGGAAUUGGCUAAAAUCAAAAACAGAUUAAAGUUAUUAAGCGAGUCGAAUGAAGAUUUGUCCAAGUUGCUCCACGCCAUGAACUUGAGGCUAACAGGCUUGGAGAAACAAGGUAGGAUUAGCUUUUUUUCUUGAUACAGAUAAGAUUACCAAAUACCUUUACAUUGUAUUGGACUGCUCCUUGCAACUUGUAAACAUUACCUUUUAAAAAAUACAAUACUUGUACCCUUCUCAGUAACCAAAUUUCCCGAAUUUAAAUUCAGAAGAGGCAGCGCUCUCUGAGUUCCUUACGGUUUAGAUUGCAGAAAUGUUUGUUUUCAGAAUUAUUUUUAAUCAGACGAAGCUUUUCAUAGGUCAUACUGAACUACGUUAGUUAUUGUUUGGAAAUCUUUUAUUCGAAUAUUAACUGCUGGCGUGACGAGUAACUUAGUAGGUUGCACAGCACUCAUACUAUAAUUAUUUGUGCAUCGUGAAAAAUUGUUUCGCCUCUUUUAGCGGCCACUUGGGUGGUGAUAUUAGGCUUUUCACGCUUGAAAAAAAAAUUGGCCGCAUUUCUUGGAAUGCUGUUGUCGUAAUCAAAGACUCACUUGAUCAUCGGAUUGAAAAAGGUGUAAGGUGACAGUUCUCCUAAAAACGUUAACAGUAAUCUCUAGAACCAUAACCUUUUGUAAUUGAACUACCCUUGUGACUUGCAUCAAAUCAGAAGUUGCACUGAAAACAAUUAAAGCUUAAGACGAGAGCAGGACUUUUUUUUAAAGAGGCUUCGAAAGCAGCUUUCACAAAUUAAAAAAAACUGAGUAAUUCUACAGUUGCAGGGUACUCUCUUCAAUUUCCACGAAAAGGAACCAGUGAUUACGUCAUCAUCACACGUGGUUUGCCAAACCUGUCAGCUGUGACGGUUUGUCUGUGGAUAAAAACCGCUGAUACUGGAAAUGAAGGAACACCUCUGAGCUAUGUUAUGUCUGGAGGACGCAACGAGCUUAUAAUAAAUGACUAUAGAAAUUUGAGGAUUUACAUCAACAACCAUGGGAGGUUUGAGUAUUUCAUCUGAAGUUUUGUCUCGCUGUUAAUCACAAUAGUUGUUUUGAUUUAGUGUUGCUGUAAGCUUUAAGAUGCUAAAAGUACACUUCUCGCGUUUUGCUGCUAAUUUUAGUGGUUCUACUUCUGUAUCCGCCAAUGAUGGAAAGUGGCAUCAUAUCUGCCUAACAUGGGAGAAUACCGCUGGAUCAUGGAAAUUAUUUCGAGAUGGUUCGGUUGCCGCUUCUGGUAAAAGUUUCCAAACAGGUAAAUUCUUCUUUUUGCAAUGGUCCGUACAAUAGUAUUAAUUGUUUAGUGUGCGUAACUGCUAAUACAAAGCGGCCGAAAUGACAGAACCGCCAGGAUUCUACAAUAUUGAUUGAAAUAAACUAAGUAUGAAGUGCACGUAAACUUAAAAGUAGUUUUAAAUAGAAGGCGUAGAUAGACUUAUACUCCAUAAAAACCAAAGCUUAAACAUGUUUUAAAGCUGUUUCGCGAAACACGGUCAGUCAAAAGGUUGUUUUCUUCAUAGAAGCUACCUAAACUAAUGUUUGUUGUUGACUGUUGAAUGUUGUCAAAUGCUUGAAACCCACGAUAAAUUUAGUGUUUCAGUUCUCUGUUUCUGAUUUUCAUUCAGUUAAACCCGGUUUGCAUUUACAUUUGAACGGCCACUGUAAACGAAAGUCUCUGGGAGGAAACUGCGUGUCACGAAGCCAGGAGAGGAUCCUUGUUUUCCCUUUUAAACACUUUAUUAUUUAUCGUAAACUUCUGAAACCCUUACGAUCUCGAACCUCAUUUAUAGUAGCCGGUUACAUCAUACUUAUUUCUGAAACACUAUUUUUAGCAGCAAGAACAUUCUAGACGCUAAUGAUGACAUAUCCUUAAAAUAAUUCAAUAGAAUGUUCCGAAAUAUGGAGAAGUUUCUAGCUCAGGUUAUGCAAUAGCGUUGUGGUAAAUCAAUGUUCUAUUAAUUUCUGGAGACUUCGUUACACUGCGUAAAAUUAUCGCGGACACUAACCGCAAAUAAUUGCGUUGUGAACUACACUGCCUUGUGCGGAGAAAAAACGAUUAGUGAAAAAUUACCUCCUGAAUGCUCUAUAUGUGAUUUGCAAGUAACGCUGAGAAAAACCACCCUAAGAAGCAGAAGAAGGCGAACUAAGACUAGGGAUACUAGAGAAACCAAUAAAUGCGCAAAAAAGGAAAAUAUAUGAGACAAACUCUGACGAGGUAAUGAUCAAUGAUGCCAAAAAGAUAAAAAUUUGAAAAACAUGCAAAAACCUUGACAAAAAUGCACGUCACCGUGAUGGUAAAAUUACUUGAUAGACGAUUACAAAAUUUAUCACUUAAAUGCUACAGUGUACGUUAUGUUAGUCACUUAACUCUUUCUGGUCAGGCCUUUGGCAGAUCGUGCAAAAUUGCACGAUGACGUUGACCUUUUCGGAAAUGCUCGGAUUACAUCCGAUCGCUCUGAAAUUUCGGCUGUAGCAUGUAAACAUUCUAAGCCAAUCACAUGGCGAGUUUUAGCUCCGAACUAUCAAACGUGACCUCGGGAGCCCGAUCCGAAAAUUAUUUGCGAACGAUUUCAGUCUGCGAUAAUGGCGUCCGAUGCGAAACGCUAGAGAUACAGCUUAGCUAAGCCUUUAGAGGUGAUUUUUGACGAUGGAAGUGAGCAUGGUGGUAUCUCUAGUGGUGAGGAAUCCGAAUUAGAAAGAAAACUGGAAAAUCUUAGCGAAGAAUCGAGGUAAGUAAUCUGUAAACAUUCUUGCGAUAUUUAAUUGCGUGACGCAUGUGGUGUUGAAACAUUUACUUUUACUUUUCGCGCACGAAUCCUUGUUUUUUGCCUUGAGACAACCCUGUAAAUGUAUAUUUGUGAAUGAAAAGCAACAUAUCUUAUGAUCAAACAUGAUUUUUGAGCGACAGAGAAAAUAAUCUUCAAUGGAAUGUUAGAACGCAACGACCUAAAUUAUCAGGCGAUGACAGAUAUGACGCAGUGUGCGUCCGAACUAAAUCAAAUAAAAUCUUUUAUUUUUAGAACGAUAGUUGAAUAUAUAUCGACCUGUACAUUAUCUUAUAUGUUUUGUAUGUUUUUUAGAUGUGGUUCUACUUGUUACAUGCUGAAAAUUCACAAAACAAACAAAUUAUGCUCGAGAAUGAGUGGAAUGAAAAAAAAAAUGACAGUUUCCGGUUUCACUUCUGAAUUGUUUACUCUUGAAAAUACUGGUGGUGCAUUGCAAGUGAAAGGCUUUUGAUAUAUGUUGCGCUUUAUGUAUUUUGAGGUUGAUUAUAUCAUUUGUCCCUGUUUCAAGGCAAAAUUUCAGAAGUCAAACAAAGAAAUAUAGUUCCAAUGGUUGCACUGUAGACUUCAAGAGGGAUUAGUAAAUUUUGGCUUGGGGUGAUGAUAAGAUAAGGUCAGACUAAUUAGUCCGUAUGUCAAUCUUCAAACAAAGAACAAUAGUUCCAAUGGUUGCACUGUAGACUUCAAGAGGGAUUAGUUAAUUUGGGCAUUUCACUUCUGAAUUGUUUACUCUUGAAAAUACUGGUGUUGCAUUGCACGUGAAAGGCUUUUGAUAUAUGUUGCACUUUAUGUAUUUUGAGGUUGAUUAUCUCAUUUGUCCCUGUUUCAAGGCAAAAUUUCAGAAGUCAAACAAAAAACUAUAGUUCCAAUGAUUGCACUGUAGACUUCAAGAGGGAUUAGUAAAUUUGGGCUUGGGGUGAUGAUGUGGUCAGACUAAUUAGUCAGUGUGUCAAUCAGUGUUGACAAGAUAUGUGUAACACGUCUCAGAUUUGUUAUCUUCUAACCAAUUUUUUAUGGAGAUGUUGCCCAUAUAACAAGGAACCUCUUAAGUUAAUUUUUGCCUUAUUACUUUGUAUUAUUUGGGUAUCACUUAAUUCACAGUUCAAAUUUUGAUGAUAUUUUAUGCUAAUUAAUGUUAGUUUGAAAGCAUUCAAUGAGGUUGUUUCCUUUUUCUUGGAGAGGAAACAUGCAUUUCAGGAAAGCUUAUUUACUGCUGUUUCAAGUGAGGUAUAGCUUACUUCCCUUGUGUAAAUACUUGGUGAAGAUUAAGUUUUUCAAUAAUCUGGGUCAAUUUUUUAUGGUUUUGGGGUACAGUUUGGAAAAAAAAUUCUAAUUAAUUCCAUAUUUGUUCUUUUUCAGCCAGAGUCUCUGGAUGUCUUGCCCAUAAGAUAAGGAAUAUUUUAUCUAAGAAAUGUUUCCUUUUUUACUCCAAUCCAUUCAGGCUCAGGCUGUUUCAAAGUCAAAAGUUGUACAAUAAUUUAUGCAAAUUGUAUGCCAUUUUCUUAGCAUGAUUUAAAAUCCAUGGAUUUUUGGAGGCUAAAUAUAUUUUUUCUGAAAAGCUAAUUUUGUCCUCUUUCAAAUGAGAUAUAGCACUAAUCACUAGUGUAAAUACUGUUGACAAAAAAAAAUAAAAGAAAAAAGGUUACCAUCAUUUGUCAUUUUUUGAAGUUUACCUGAAAGAGUUAAGGAUAAAGUGCGUAGUUCCCAAAGAGUAAUGCGGAGGUUGGAACAAACAGAGCGACAUGACUCACUUAUUCGGUAAACUAUUGAUUAAGAAAACUAAAAAAGGGAAAGAAUGUACUCACUUUCCAGUCAUUUUUAACCGGUGAAUUUAUCUUUUUCCUUAAUUUCCUGUUAAUGUCCUCACAGGCUACGUGAUUCGUGCAAAUGGAGCCCUGGUACUAGGGCAGGAGCAAGACUCAAAGGGAGGAAGUUUUGAUGCCAAUCAAUCUUUCAUCGGUGAAAUGACAGGUGUCAACAUCUGGGAUCACGUUCUAAAGGACCAAGAAAUCGCACGCAUGUCAAAGUCGUGCCUGACAGGGACGGGCAACGUGUUUCAGUGGCGCGAGUUCAAAGCUCACAUCAAGGGCUCAGUGAAGAUAAUUAAGCCAUCGUGCUGA